UCCUCCUCCUCGCCCGGCCCUCCCGCUGUCCCGGAGCGCUGCCGGCGCUCGGUGCCCGCCGCGCUCGGUGCCAGCCCGGCUCGCCAUGGCCCGUGCCACCCCCGUGGUGCCGCAGCUCUGGCUCCUGCUCCAAGCCUGCUGCCUCUGCCUGGCCCAGCUCCGAGGGCCACCAGGAGAGCCUGGCCCACGAGGGCCCCCUGGUCCCCCAGGAGUGCCAGGAGCUGAUGGCAUCGAUGGUGACAAAGGCCCUGUAGGAUCUGCCGGCUCCCCGGGUGUCAAGGGCGAGCCCGGAGCUCCUGGCCCGGAUGGACCGCCAGGGAAGCCUGGCAUUGAUGGCCUGACAGGAGCCAAAGGGGAGCCAGGACCCACAGGCAGGCCAGGAACCAAAGGCCAGCCCGGACUCCCAGGGCCACCAGGGCUCCCUGGUCCUUCACUGCCAGGACCCCCUGGGCUUCCAGGCCAGGUUGGACUUCCCGGGGAGAUCGGAGUGCUGGGACCCAAGGGUGACCCUGGACCCGAUGGCCCGAGGGGUCCCCCAGGCCCUCCAGGGAAACCUGGACUCCCAGGACACCUCCAAGGCCUGGAAGGCAGCGCUGAUUUCCUGUGUCCCACCAGCUGCCCCCCAGGUCCCAAGGGCCCCCAGGGACUGCAGGGACUGAAGGGACACAGAGGCCGCCCCGGUGCCCUCGGAGAGCCUGGAAAGCAGGGAGAGCCGGGCCCCAAGGGGGACGUUGGUGCCUCUGGAGAGCAAGGAGUCCCAGGCCCUCCGGGACCUCAGGGCCUCAGGGGGUACCCUGGCAUGGCAGGACCCAAAGGGGAGACGGGCCCUGCUGGCUACAAGGGCAUGGUCGGGAGCAUCGGAGCCGCCGGGCGGCCGGGCAAGGAAGGCCCCAAGGGACCACCUGGGAGCCCUGGUGACAAGGGAGAGCUGGGUGGCCGUGGCAUCAGGGGACCGCAGGGUGACAUCGGCCCCAAGGGGGAGAAUGGUCUGCCGGGCAUCGAUGGCAAGGAUGGCACCCCAGGGAUCCCAGGAGUGAAGGGUGGCACAGGACAGGCCGGACGCCCAGGAACGCCGGGACACCGGGGACAAGCUGGACUGCCGGGCCAGCCAGGAAGCAAAGGUGGCCCAGGUGACAAGGGUGAACCGGGCCCUCGGGGCCACCCCGGUGCCACUGGUGCCCCAGGGCAGCUUGGCGAGCCCGGACCUCGGGGCGAGCAGGGCCCGCAGGGUGUGCCCGGGCCGAAGGGUGACAGGGGCGAGCGUGGCCUCGUGGGACCCCCGGGGGAGCAGGGCAGAGCGGGGCCAAAGGGUGAGCAGGGCCCACCAGGCAUCCCAGGACCCCAAGGCUUGCCUGGAGUCAAAGGAGACAAGGGCUCUCCAGGGAAAACCGGCCCCAAAGGCAGCACUGGAGAUCCAGGUGUCCACGGCCUGGCAGGGCUCAAGGGAGAGAAGGGAGAGUCAGGAGAGCCAGGACCCAAGGGACAGCAAGGCAUCCAGGGAGACCUCGGCUUUCCCGGCCCCACGGGGGAUGCAGGAGCGCCGGGAAUUCGGGGCUAUCCCGGCCCGCCCGGCCCGCGGGGGCUGGUGGGGGAGCGCGGAGUGCCGGGAAUGCCGGGCCCGCGGGGCACAGCCGGCCGGGAUGCUGGGGACCAGCACAUCGUGGACGUGGUGCUGAAGAUGCUGCAAGAGCAGCUGGCAGAGGUGGCUGUGAGCGCCAAGAGAGCCGCCCUGGGUGGGGUCGGGGCCAUGGGACCCCCCGGUCCCCCCGGCCCCCCAGGGCCACCCGGUGAUCAGGGACCCCACGGCCCCAUGGGACCCCGAGGUGUCCCCGGAAUCCUGGGAGCUGCCGGGCAGAUCGGCAAUGUCGGACCCAAAGGGAAGAGAGGAGAGAAGGGUGAGCGGGGAGAGGUUGGCCGUGGCCACCCGGGAAUGCCGGGUCCUCCAGGGAUCCCAGGUCUCCCGGGCAUCCCCGGCCACGCUGUGGACGGCAAGGCGGGCGAGCGGGGCCAGCCGGGCUCCGGCGAGGCGGGCCGGCCGGGCCUGCCGGGGCCCGCGGGCCUGCCGGGCUUCUGCGAGCCCGCCGCCUGCCUGGCAGCCUCGGCCUACGCGGCCGCCCGCCUCACGGAGCCGGGCAGCGUCAAGGGCCCCUCGUUCUGAGCGAUUCCCCGUGAAAAUCCCUUCCCAAAGUGACCGCAACACUGCAAUCCCGCGGGGAGCAGCUUCCAGGCUUUCCCGGCUCUGGCGUGAGGGAAAACACAGCCCUAAAAUUGUUGAUUUUGGGACCUGAUUUUCUUUUACGCAGUUCUGGCGGCAUAAAAGAAUCUAAGAGUGGGUAUAAAUUUUAUGAAAAUCCCUUCCCAAAGUGACCACAACACUGCAAUCCCGCGGGGAGCAGCUUCCAGGCUUUCCUGAGGUGAGGGUGGAGGUGGGAGAAAACACACCCUUAAAUUGUUAAUUUUGGGACCUGAUUUUCUUUUACGCAGUUCUGGCGGCAUAAAAGAAUCUUAGAAUGGGUAUAAAUUUUAUUUAAAUAUACUUUAGGGUUGCUUCGUUCUGAGCAAUUCCCUAAGAAAAAUCCCUUCCCAAAGUGGCCACAACACUGCAAUCCCACAGGCAGAAGUUUCCGUGCUUUCCCGGUUCUGGUGUGAGGGUGGAGGCGGGAGAAAACACAGCCUUAAAUUGUUAAUUUUGGGACUUGAGUUUUUUAACACAGUUCUGGCAGCAUAAAUUUUAUUUAAAUACACUUUAGGGUUUCUCUGUGCUGCCAGAAUCUUUCUGAGCAAUUCCCUCAUGAAAAUCCCUUCCCAAAGGGACCACAACACUACAAUCCCAUGGGGAGCAACUUCCAGGCCUUCCUGGCUCUGGGGUGAGGGAAAACACAGCCCUAAAAUGUUAAUUUUGGCACCUGAUUUUUUUACACAGUUGUGGCAGCGUAGAUUUUAUUUAAAUACACUUUAGGGUUCCUCUGUGCUGCCAGAAUCUUUAAAGGCAUCUUUAUGUAAACCAGAAUAAGGGCCUCUAAUCCUGUUUCCAUUCAUGGGGUUUUAAAUCUGCUCCCUGCACCCUUUCCCCAAAAGAAAAAAAAAAUGGAAUAAAUUUUAUAAUUCCCUGUGAUGUUUGAAGGAGCUGGUGGAAAUUCCCUUUUUAGUCUUCCCUUUUCUUUUUUAAGUUGGAAUUUUUUUUAAAGCUCCCCCCCCCAAAACCAAAAUCAUGGUUUGAUUAUUUAACAGAAUUCUCAGCUCCAACUUGGUCACUCCCAGAGCUGUAAAUCUUUGUAAAAUAGGGAUAUUUUAUAAUUGUGAUGAGGAAAACAGUAACUUUUGGAAAAAUGGACAAUAAAACCAAGCUGGAUUCUUAACUGGAA